GGGAGACGGCUUCCUGGCUGCGAUCCCACUUCGCAAAGAUGGUGAACGACAAGAAGACUACGAAUCCCAUGAGGGAGAUCCGUGUUGCAAAGCUUGUCCUGAACAUCUGUGUGGGAGAGUCUGGAGAUCGCUUGCAGAAGGCAGCCAAGGUGCUGGAGCAGCUCACUGGGCAGCAGCCAGUGUUUGGCAAGGCUCGCUACACAGUCCGCACAUUUGCCAUCCGGCGAAAUGAGAAGAUCUCCACUUCAGUGACUGUGCGCGGCGAGAAGGCACUGCAGCUCAUUGAGGCUGGCCUGAAGGUGAAGGAGUAUGAGCUCCUGAGGCGCAACUUCUCAGAGACAGGCAACUUUGGAUUUGGCAUCAACGAGCACAUUGAUCUCGGUAUCAAAUAUGAUCCCUCAACAGGCAUCUAUGGCAUGGACUUCUACGUUGUCUUGGAACGCGCCGGCUACCGUGUGGCCAGGAGGAGGCAGAGACUGGCCAAGGUGGGCGUGCAGCACCGCGUCGGCAAGGAUGAUGCCAUCAAGUGGUUCCAGACCAAAUUCGAGGGCAUUGUGCACAACAAGCAGAGCUACACCUGAGCCUGUCCUGGCAUGACAGUGCCAGUCUGUAGAACACUAGACAAUGUCUGUGCAAUAGUUCCGCCUUUCCAGUGUGUGCUGAGCUUGGGCUGAUGUUCAGACCCACUGGUGUGGGAUAAUGGCAGCACCUGUGUAAUUGGGGUGGUCAAAUAU